GGCAGCCGCCGGGCGCCGCGCUCUGUAGUCCGGAUCUGCGCGCCUUUCUUCUUUACUGCUACCGUCGUCGCCGCCGCCGCCGUCCGCGCCCCCGCUCCGGUCUGUGGUGCAGCCGGAACCUAGGACCAUGUCGCUGUCGCGCUCGGAGGAGAUGCACCGGCUCACGGAAAAUGUCUACAAGACCAUUAUGGAGCAAUUCAACCCCAGCCUGCGGAACUUCAUCGCCAUGGGGAAGAACUACGAGAAGGCCCUAGCAGGCGUGACGUAUGCUGCCAAAGGCUACUUUGAUGCCCUGGUGAAGAUGGGGGAGCUGGCCAGCGAGAGCCAGGGCUCCAAAGAACUCGGAGACAUGCUCUUCCAGAUGGCCGAAGUCCACAGGCAGAUCCAGAAUCAGCUGGAGGAAAUGCUAAAAUCUUUCCACAACGAGCUGUUGACACAACUGGAGCAGAAGGUAGAGCUGGACUCCAGGUACCUGAGUGCUGCACUGAAGAAAUACCAGACGGAGCAGAGGAGCAAAGGCGACGCCCUGGACAAGUGUCAGGCUGAGCUGAAGAAACUUCGCAAGAAGAGCCAAGGGAGCAAGAACCCACAGAAGUACUCAGACAAGGAGCUGCAGGUGCGUCCUGUGCGGGGCAGAAGUACUCAGACAGGGAGCUGCAGGUGCGUCCUGUGCAGGGCAGAAGUACUCAGACGGGGAGCUGCAGGUGCGUCCUGUGCAGGGCAGAAGUACUCAGACGGGGAGCUGCAGUACAUCGAUGCCAUCAGCAACAAGCAGGGUGAGCUGGAGAGCUACGUGUCCGACGGCUACAAGACGGCCCUCACAGAGGAGCGCAGGCGUUUCUGCUUCCUGGUGGAGAAGCAGUGCGCCGUGGCCAAGAGCUCUGCCACCUACCACGCCAAGGGCAAGGAGCUGCUGGCCCAGAAGCUGCCUCUGUGGCAACAGGCCUGUGCUGACCCCAACAAAAUUCCUGACCGUGCUGUCCAGCUGAUGCAGCAGGUGGCCAGCAGCAAUGGCGCCAUCCUUCCCAGCACCCUGUCAGCCUCCAAGUCCAACCUGGUCAUCUCAGACCCCAUUCCAGGGGCCAAGCCCCUGCCUGUACCCCCUGAACUGGCACCAUUUGUGGGGCGGAUGUCUGCCCAGGAGAACGCGCCCAUCAUGAACGGGGUCGCAGGCCCAGACAGCGAAGACUACAACCCCUGGGCUGACCGCAAAGCCGCCCAGCCCAAGUCCCUAUCUCCCCCGCAGUCUCAGAGCAAGCUGAGUGACUCGUACUCCAACACGCUGCCUGUGCGCAAGAGUGUGACCCCCAAGAACAGCUACGCCACCACUGAGAACAAGACUCUGCCCCGCUCCAGUUCCAUGGCAGCUGGCUUGGAGCGCAAUGGACGCAUGCGGGUAAAGGCCAUCUUCUCCCAUGCUGCGGGGGACAAUAGCACACUGCUGAGCUUCAAGGAAGGGGACCUCAUCACCCUGCUGGUGCCUGAGGCCCGUGAUGGCUGGCACUAUGGCGAGAGUGAGAAGACCAAGAUGCGGGGCUGGUUUCCCUUCUCUUAUACCCGGGUCCUGGACAGUGACGGUAGCGACAGGCUGCACAUGAGCCUGCAGCAGGGGAAGAGCAGCAGCACUGGGAACCUGCUGGACAAGGAUGACCUGGCCCUGCCACCCCCUGACUACGGCGCGUCCUCCCGGGCCUUCCCCACCCAGACGGCCGGUACCUUCAAGCAGAGGCCCUACAGCGUGGCCGUGCCCGCCUUCUCCCAGGGUCUGGAUGACUAUGGAGCCAGGUCUGUGAGCAGUGCCGAAGUGGAAGUGGCCAGAUUCUGAGCACCUUGACUAGAGUUAGAAUCCCUUCGCCCACAUACAGCUGAAGCCGACAGUGACCAACGACAGGUCUGCGCCCCUCCUCAGCUGACAACCACAUCGGUUCCUCUGCCACUGCCCCUCCUUCACCUGCCUGCUCCACCAGGCUGCACCCCACUUCAGUCUGGCCUGGACUGGACCCAGCGGUACCUGGACAGAGGCAGCAGAGAGCCCGAGAUCUGCCUUGCUGAGGGCAGGCACCUCUGGGUGUGCGGGCCAUGGAGCCUUGGGGCACCUGGGUCAGGAGCACAUGAGGCCCAGCUCCCUGCCCUUGCUCUGCCCACUCUGUCCUACUUCCAGUCAAUAAACAGUUGCCUGCCCUCCAGAGGUGCGAUCCAUCUGCCGGGGGCAGGAGGCAGGAGCGUGGGUUGGAGGGGGAGCAAAACCUCAUGGCCUACCCUGCCAGAGUGGGGACCUGGGACUCCUGACUCCCACCGCAGUUCCAGGGUCUCUGCAGCCCCCUGUCACUCCCCAGCCUUCAUGCAGAACCUACUCCUGGGGCUUUUGGUUCUCCUUCCUGUUACUGGGUAUCAGGUGCUGUGGCCUGGUUUGCCUAGCUGUGUGCCACUGGGUGGGGGGAUCUCCCCACCCCUGCUGCCUCCUGCAGGGACAGGAGGGGAGUCUACUGAAAUACAAAAUUUUAAGACUUA